CUCUCUCUCUUUUUCGCUCUCUCCAUCUCUCUCUUUCUCUCUCACACACACACUCUCUCUCUCUCUCUUUCCCUGUCCUGAUACUCUCUCACCCACACGCUCUUUCACGCAUACACGUAUACGUAUGUAUACGCACACGUACACUCACGUAAAGAGAGGGACAUCCACCGCCAGGAGGAACACACACGCACGACAUCAUAUACCUACUCUACUCCCGCCGAGUCGAGUCUCUUCCGUUCCGCGAUUACCGUCGUACGUCCCUUUACGCCGAGCCGGUCGGUCGCUCGCUCGCUGCUCGGUCGGUCCGCGGUGGCAACCCCCGAGUGCAGUCGCGUCGUGCAUCGUCGUCGUCGGUACGCGUCCACCACGUCGGGGCCACGGACACGGCGCCAGUGCGGAGUAACACUCGCAUCGUCGUAGACAUCGUCGUCGUCGUCGAGACGAAAUAGUGAUUACUCGGCAAGUUCGGAUCCCUUUACCCGGGAUGAGUGAUCGUCGACUGAAUCGAUAGCCUCGUCGCGAGUGAGCAGCUCGACUCGAGUCGACGGAGCCAGCGGGAGAGUUUCGCGUGUGAUUCUCGUGCGGGAACAGCGAGUGAGACGUCAGGACGUAGACGAGCGAGGAGACAGCGAGAGUCAGGUGGUCGUUGGAGCGCCGCGACAGAGCGGUGCUCCGGUCCCGGAGCGACGUACUGCCUCCGCGGGGGAACCACCCCCGUCAGAGCGGAGGUUCAGGGGAACGGUACAUCCGUUGCGCGAUCGAUGUUACCGUAUCGUCGCUCGCAUCACGUUCGUGAGAAACUAUGGACGAAAAUUGCCCGAGAGCCAGCGUCGCCUGGUGUUGUCGCCCAGUGUGUCGUCGCGAACUGUGGACGGUGUGCUCUACGAGUGAUCAGUGAUCGCUAAGAGGGACUACUUCGCCGACGACCGUGUCGCGCACACGUCGUCGUCGUCAGGUGGAUAGCUGCGCAAUCGGCAACCAGUCUCUCUACCCAGGAUCUCAGCCCAGGAGAGAGAGAGACCCCGUCGAGACGAUCCGAGACGAAGACACCUCGUCGAUCGUAGCAGGACUCUCUCUCUCUCUCCCUCCCUCUCUCUCUCUCUCUCUCUAUUUUAUCCGGUCAACCCCUCGGUGAACGUCGUGUGAGCGCUCUGCUCGCGAGGGUGAGAAACGUGGUCGGGCCACCGCGGUGGUCGACAGACCGAGAGGGUUUCGCGAAGCCCCUCGACGAGCGGAAAAAAGUAGAUGGCCGCUACCACGUACAUGCCGGUUAGUAGCGCAGUCUCUACCGACCUGGAUGGUGGUUCAGGUACAACGAUCGGGAUGAACAUCGCCGUGGGUGGCUACUCCUCGGGCUCGCCUCGCAGCGCCGCCGACGCUGGCGAGAUGAAGUACAUGCCGGCGCCGCAGCAUCAUCACCACCAUCACCAUCAUCACCAGGUGACGUCCUCGCCGUCGCCGAACGGAUUGUCGCAUCCGGCGGCGAGCCUCUCCACGACGAAUCCAUGGGUGAGCUUACAACCCGGGAGCGAUCCUUGGACCGCGUCGAUGGGUAUGCACCACACUACCCAUCAUCCGCAUCAUCAUCCCCAUCAGACGAACACGAGCCUGGACGUGAAGCCGUUGGCGGCGGCGGCGGCGACGGCGACGGACCAAGGGAUGCAUCACCGGGGACCGCACCAGUCCCCGGGUAUGGCCUCGCCGCAUUCUUGGCACGCACCGGUCGUACCGUCGGCGCACUACAACCCCAGCGGUGGCGCGGCCUCGCCCACCCUGCAGCAGUACCACGCGGCGAUGAACGGCAUGCUGCACCAGCACCCGCAUCAGCAUCCGCAUCAGCUGCACAACCAUCAGGCCGGACUACCUCAUCACCUGAGGGACGCGCACAAUCACAGUCCGCCGUCGGGCCAUCCGCUGCACGCCGGGCAUCCCCUCGACAGGGAUCACAGCGCCGGCGAGGAGGACACGCCGACGUCGGACGACCUCGAGGCCUUCGCCAAGCAGUUCAAGCAGCGGCGCAUCAAGCUCGGCUUCACCCAGGCGGACGUCGGUCUCGCGCUCGGCACCCUCUACGGCAACGUAUUCUCGCAGACGACGAUAUGCAGGUUCGAGGCGCUGCAGCUGAGCUUCAAGAACAUGUGCAAGCUGAAGCCGCUGCUGCAGAAGUGGCUGGAGGAAGCGGACUCGACGACCGGCUCGCCGACCAGCAUCGACAAGAUCGCCCAGCAAGGCCGGAAGCGGAAGAAGCGGACGUCGAUCGAAGUGUCGGUGAAGGGCGCGCUCGAGCAGCACUUCCACAAACAGCCGAAGCCGUCGGCGCAGGAGAUCACCUCGCUGGCGGACAGCCUGCAGCUCGAGAAGGAAGUGGUCAGGGUGUGGUUCUGCAAUCGACGGCAGAAGGAGAAGAGGAUGACGCCGCCCAACACGCUCGGCGACGGCAUAAUGGAGGGCAUGCCGCCGGGUCACCAGGGUCAGGGUGGCCUCCACCAGAGUUAUCAUCCGCAGGAUCACCUGCACGGCUCGCCCAUGGGCCACAGCCACAGUCCGCCGAUGCUGAGCCCUCAGGGCAUCACUGCCCAUUCGCUCACGGCCCACUAGCGUUCGCCGGGGCCUCCCCCGUUGGGCCUCGCGAUAACCUCGCAGAACUCGGCGAACGUGUCGUCGACGGCGGAGAGCCUGCCGCCGUUCUAUCAUCACUACCUUCAAGCGCGCACCGGCAGUUACACGACGUCGUAGCUGACGGACUCGCAGCGCCCUUCCUACCUGCCGGACGGCGGCGCUCGUUACCGGGACGAAGGUACGGAAUGGUGGCUCGUUCGGCGAGAUUCAACGGGGUUUAACGAGGCCGAGACCGGUCCACCGGGGAGGCUGAGCUGACGCGCUCGGUCGGCGAUCUUUUGUCGACCUUGACCGCGCAACAGGCCGAGAGAGGAUGGAAGGGAAUGGGAGAAGGACAGACGAAGGGAAGGAAGAGAGAAAGAGUGUGUGUGUAUGUGUGUGCGUGUCGCAUCGUGAACGUAUCUCCGCGACCGUCGGCGGAACGUCGCGCGAGAUUGUCACCCUUCGCCCGGAUUCUUUCAGGAUAUCGUCGCCCAACUAUCUCAUUGUCGUCGUCGUCGUUGUCGCGCUCCGCCGCUGGUGACCGAGUGUCGCGUCCUCUCCGGAGGGAUAACGACGGCCGUGGUGAUGACGUUCCUCCUCCGCGCGGCCAGGUCGGUGCCCGUUCGUCCGUUCCUCGAGUCCUGGACCGCGGACCUUGUUGUUGUUGUUGUUGUUGUUUCGUCGGUGAGCGAAAGUGCUUCUCUCUCGGAUCCGGCGGUGAUCCGCCGGCAGAGACGGAAGAGGAUGGGAUGCGCGGACGCAAGAUGGACUCGAGGGUGCGGCUGAAGGAAGAACGAACGAAGGUGUGUUUCCUUCUCCCUCUCGCUCUCGCGAGACCCUGAUAUCGGACGCGAGAGAGACAUUGCGGGGGUGACGUCGUCGUCGUCGCGCGCGGCCGGACCGACGGACCAACCGUCAUUUCCCCUUGUCGUCGAAAUCCGAAACGCGAACGGACGAACGGGCGUAACAAGAAAGGAACGUACGUAGGGGCGAGUGCUGUGUUCGCGCGGGAUUUGCUCCGUGCAAACUCCCGGCGGAUGAUGUAACAUAAGUAAAUAUGGACUGUAAAUAAUGUACUAGAUAAAGCGCUAGUAAGUUAAGUGAGAACGAGAGCGUGAGUCGUCGUCGUCGCCGGCGAGCGAGGACUUUCGAAAAGCAGACGCGGGAGCUGGAAUAAACGAAGGAAUAAGGGAGAAAGAGAGAUACAGAAGGAGCGAAGGAAAGACGAAGAGACAGAGAGAAAGAAAGAGCUAGAGA